AUGAAGACCUCUGCACUACUUGGCUCGGUUGCCUUGGCCUUCCUGCCUUCCACAUCUGCUGCUCCAUCCCAAAUAAAUAAUCGCCGAGCUCGAACGGAUGUCAGCGUUGAGCGGCGGGCCUUGUCAAAUGCCGCAAACCCUUAUGCUCCGGUCCAUGUUUCCUGCCCGGCAAACCGGCCUAGCAUUCGUGGCGCUGCAACACUCUCUCCCGAGGAAGUUUCCUGGCUAGAUACCCGACGUGAAAAGUCUCUAUCAGGGUUGAAAGAAUUCUUCGGUCAUGUUGAGAUUGGUUGCUUUGACGCCUUGGAUUACCUCGACACGAGCGACUCAUCCAGCUUACCCAAUGUUGCAAUUGCUAUAUCCGGUGGUGGUAUGCGCGCAAUGUUGAAUGGUGCUGGUGCCCUGAAAGCAUUCGACAGUCGGACUGAGGGUACGGCUGCUCAGGGCCAGUUGGGUGGUCUACUUCAAUCUGCAACCUAUGUUUCUGCUCUCAGUGGAGGCUCCUGGUUGCUGUCUUCUGUGUUCAUGAACAACUUCACGACCAUUUCCGCCCUUCAGGAUACUUUCUGGGACUUUAGUUCAGCAUCCAUCCUCGAAGGACCUGCAACCAUGGAGCCUACCGACUUUUGGGGUAAUAUCACGGCUCAGGUGAAGGCCAAAAGGGCUGCCGGCUUUACCACCACUGACGCAGAUAUCUGGGGUCGUGCUGAAGGCUACUACUUCCUCAACGCUAGCCAUGGCGGCGUUGACAUCCAUUGGUCCUCGAUUGCGAAGACACGGGCGUUCCAGCACGGAGACAUGCCACUGCCACUGGUGGUGGUUGACGGCCAGUCCUUCGCCGAUGCCAACGACGAGCCCGGGGAAGACAAACCCAUCUACGAAAUCUCGCCUUGGGAAUUUGGAACUUACGACAACAAUAUGUAUGGAUUCGCACCACUUGAGUACUUGGGCACCCGUUUCGUGAACGGCCAGGUGCCCGAAAAUGAGACUUGUGUGCGCGGCUUCGACAGCGCUGGGUUUAUCACCGGAACGUCCAGCGACAUUUGGAAUGAAAAUGGCACAGACAUUGCUGCCACUCUACGUGCUGCGAUAGCGGAAGUUUCAACCAACACUACCGAGGGCGCUUUGGAGGAAGUUAUGGGCGCUGUCAGCUCCAACAACACCGCCACCAGUGGCCCAGCUGCCUACGAGCCCAAUCCUUUCUAUGGAUACAACGCGAACACCUCACCUUUUGCAAACACUACAAGGCUGACAGUGGUCGACGGCGGCGAGGAUGAAGAGAAUAUUCCUCUUAACCCACUCAUCCAAAGAAAGCGCGACGUUGAUGUUAUCUUCGCCAUCGACUCCAACAACAAUGAUGCCGGCUACAAAUGGCCCACUGGAGAGUCGCUUAUCGCUACUUAUGAGCGAACUCUUGCCGGUUACGCCAACGAUACCUCCUUCCCUUCCAUUCCGGAUGGAAACACCUUUGUCAACUUGGGUCUUAUUAGCCAUCCCACUUUCUUCGGCUGCAAUAGUUCGAACACGACUACACCUGCUCCGUUGAUUGUCUACUUGCCUAAUCACCCCGUCACUUAUAUGUCCAACACAACGACUACAGAUACGACGUUCAAUACCACGGCCCGGGACGCUAUGAUCACCAAUGGUUUUAAUGUAGCGACUCAGGCUAAUGGCACUCUGGAUAACGAGUGGACUACCUGUGUGGGUUGUGCUGUGCUUAGUCGUUCGUUUGACCGGACGAACACACCGGUGCCUGCUGCCUGUGAGCAGUGCUUUCAGCGCUAUUGCUGGAAUGGUACGCUUGUUACCAGCACUCCAGCGGUCUAUGAUCCGUCGGUCAUUUUUCCGUCUGGCUUGUAG